GCUUCGCGCAUCUGGUCGUCAUCAUCAUCAUCAGCAGCAGCAGCAGCCCUUCCUGCUCAGAUGUGACUCAGCCAGAGUGGGAAGAGAGCUCCUUCUCCUCAGAGGACUUCUGCGAAACGCGUCUUUGAGACUUUUCCCUCUCAGGCAGCAGGACAGGCUGAUAUUUUUCCUCGUUUGCCGUUGACGCGCGCCGCUGGAUGGAUUGUCUGUGAGGGUUUGAUCGGUCGGGAUAAAAAACAGGCGAGGAGUUUGUUCGAGCCCUGCGCGGCUGAUCUGGAUGUGAACAGAUCCGCGUUCCGCCUCGGAAGAACCGAGUAUCUCUCGGGCUGGUUUCUGGAGCUCGUGCGCUCUGCACGAACGGAUCUUUUCGGCUGCUUGUUGACUCCUCUCUUUCAUCAGCGCUCCGUUUUUUAAAUUCUUUUAACACUGUUCCCCCACUUGCGUCAUGACUUCUAGCUAUGCACAUGUAAUGGACAGGCAAGCCUCGCUAUCGAACCGCCUGGAGAGUCCGAUCACGUCGAACCUGGACAACCUGCAAGCCAAAAAGAACUUCUCGGUCAGCCACCUGUUGGAUCUGGAAGAGGCCGGGGAAAUGGUCGGCACCCAGGCGGACGAGAGCGUCGGGGAGGCGGGGAGGAGUAUGCUGGAGUCCCCGGGGCUGACGAGCGGGAGCGACACGACCCAGCAGGAAAAUGAACAGAUGAACACGGAGGAGAAGAAGAAGAGGAAGCAGCGCAGGAACAGGACCACCUUCAACAGCAGCCAGCUCCAGGCUCUGGAGAGAGUGUUUGAGAGGACACACUACCCCGACGCCUUCGUCAGAGAGGACCUGGCCCGCCGGGUCAACCUCACCGAGGCCAGAGUCCAGGUUUGGUUUCAGAACAGGAGAGCUAAAUUCCGCAGGAACGAGCGCGCCAUGCUGGCCAGCAAAAACGCCUCGCUCCUCAAAUCGUACUCAGGAGACGUGACGGCGGUGGAGCAGCCAAUCGUACCGCGCCCUGCACCACGCCCAAACGACUACCUGUCCUGGGGCAACGCUGCCCCCUACAGUCCCGUCGCUCCCCUCUGUCAGCAUGAGCAGGGCGGGACCAGAUCCUGUGACCCUCCUGACGAGCUGGUAUCCGAUGCCGGAGGGGGGGCCAGUGCGAGUGCCACAGAAAAUGCUGCCCUCAGAGAACAACACCAUGGCCAACUACCCGCCCACCUGCUCCAACACCAACACGUCCCAGGGCAUGAAUAUGGCCAACAGCAUCGCCAACCUGCGGCUCAAAGCCAAGGAGUACAGCUUGAACCAGGUGCCCACGGUGAACUGAGAGGAGGAGCGGACGGGGACUGGCGCAGGAGGGGAGGGGAACCCCCCUACCGCUGGAUCCCCGCGGACGGACACCGUCUCUGGGUUGAGCAUCAUCUUACAUACCCUGGAUCAUGAAGCCUCCCGUCCUUUACUGGAUCAGCCUCGGUGGCGAUACUACACCUAUAUGCAAAUUGUUGGACACCGAGUGAUGGCAGGAUUUCCCCUUAACCGCCUUUUUAAAAUCCUCCUGAGCAUCACCGAACUCUCGUUUGUACACAAAGACACCUAGACUGGAUGCUAUAGUCGCAUAUCUGCAUAGUUUUACAUUUGUGAUGUGGAGGGCGAGUUUUUUCAACAAUCAGAGAACUUGUUCUCAACAGAGACCCAUGUACGGACUACGUGGAAUUCCCUUCGUGCCUUCGGCUGUGGUGUUGGAUAAAAUGACACACCAAAUUUGGGAUCAACACUCUUUGAAAAGCAACAACAAACAACAAGGACUUCCUCUGACAUUUAUGCAAUUCUUUUAAAAAGAGAGUUUUCUUUCUCCACAUUUCUUUCCAUGCUAUACCACUGACGAGCAAACAUUUUCAACGCAUUUUGAUUUUCAUGUAAUAGUCCAAUAUAUAGGAGAGGCUAAUGUAUUUCUGAAUCCAAAACCAUCUCUUAACUUCCUAUGAUAUCCUUUAUUUGUAACAGAAUAAAAAACCUUGUAUAUUAAUAAAAAUGCAUUUCAAGCAAUGCAAUGCCACAGUGUCCAGUUCAACAGAUCUCACAAAAGAGGGAUAAAUAGAAAUUUUCCACUUUUUCAAAAACUUUUUGGAUUUCUCUGAGUGAAAAAUCUCAAUGCAGACUGACUUAAAUUAUGUAAGAAAUAAGUAUAAUGGUAGUUGAGACCAUUAGGAAAGCAAUAUGAUCCAGGACCUCGUGCAUGCCCCAUAAAAGGGAGAUUUACAACUCGAGAACAGUUUCUCCUCGACAGAAAAACCUCAAGCUGCUCCCUCUUUGUGUGUUUUCUUUUUCCCUGAUUGCCGCAACCUGAAUUUUCCAUCUUAAAAACAGGAUAUUCAUGAGCAGGGAAAUCCUCUCCUCAAUAUGGAGGGCCCCUGGGCCUCGUUUGACUCCCGCGGCUGUCAUACAAGGUGUUUCUUCUCCUUGGCCCCUCAUAACCUUUGCCGUCAACAAACACAUGUCGACACUCGUCCUCGUACGCCGCACACGGGCCAUAAAAGUGGGGUCGAAUGAAGCUGCAGCUGAUGUGGUGGAGUCUUGAUUUUUGAGGGGAACGUGUUAUAUAGGUGUAGUCACAUGAGCACACAGUCUGUAGAAAUGAUUUUUUGGAGAUGUUUAUUGUUUAAAACUCAUAAUUACCCAAGAAAAGCGCAACGCUGAUUUUCUUCUUUUUGUCACAAACUAAACUCCCUUCAAAAGAAGUAAAUUUGAUUUGUCGCGGGCAAGCAUUAUACACAUUGCGAGACUUUGCCUUCAGCAUAUUUUAAAUUCUUAUAGCUUUCUGUUAUUAAAUUCGGCAUGAAACUAAACCUGUUAAAUAUCAGUUAUUUCAGGAAACUUCAAUCUUAUAAAAUGUUCUGUUCCAGCGCUGUUUUGUGCUUCCUGAAUGCUGUUAUUUGGCAUCUUCGUCUUUCUUCAGUACAGCUUUGAGAUGCUGGAGU